CUAAAAUUGUCAAAGCCGAGUCCAAACUCAGAAUAGAGCUCCGCCAUUUUCUUCUACUUGUUCGGACGCGUUCUUUUUAAGCUCUGGUUCGGUGAGAAAAACUCGUUGCAUAACUGUUCGCAAGACCCACUUUAUUGGUUUACGUUGUUUAACAUUGAAUCGUUGAUUGUUUGACAAGUCUUCAAUAUGAAACGCGUGUCCGACCGUGAUGCAUCGCCUUUCAGCAAACGCUCUCGUUCAAGCUUAGGCCAUUAUGAUGAAAGCUCUGAUGAUGAGAGAGGUGGAGCUCCCCCUCCAAGACGUAGGCGUUCACCCAGCCCCAGUCACCGAUCAAGAUACCCCUUGCCUCCUGAUCCACCAGUGAUGAGGGAAAGAGAUGACUACCCACCACCAAGGUCUCGUCCACCACCCCCAUCGACUGGUUACAAGACUCUGCUUGUCAGCUCAAUCCAUCCCAAAGCCAGUGACGAAGUUGUCAAAGACUCGCUCUACAGAGAGUUCAAAAAGUAUGGUGAGGUUAGCAUCAAGCUGGUGCAUGGUGCUGAACCAGAAGACCGUUUGGCCUAUGUUUCAUUCAGAAACCCUGAAGAUGCUCGUGAAGCCAGGCACAGCAAGCAGCGAAUCAUCUUGUAUGACAAACCAGCUGUGCUUGAACCUGUUUACGAACCCUCUACCGCGCGAAGCACCAGGGCGCGUUCACGAAGUUAUUCACCGUUGCCAUACCGAGGCGAAGAAGAGCGUUACAUUCGACCUCGUUCCCCAGAUGAUCGACACCGCAUGUACGACGAUCGUUACGAUUAUUCUCUGCGUGGAUAUGGUCCUCCACCUCCAACUGGCAUGUACAGAGACUAUCGUCCACCACCGUACGACUAUCCUCCCCGUGGACCGUCAUCUUACCGUGGUCACUCUUAUUACGGCGCUGGAGGACAUCCACCUGUCCCCCACUAUGAAAGAAGUGAACGAGGUGGAGGUAGUCGAGGAGGUGGUGGUGGAGGCGGUGGAGCUGGCGGCGGCGGAGGAGGAGGUGGUGGUGGUGUUUGUCGCAAUGAAGAAGGAGGCGGUGGAAGAGGAGAUCGAAAUCACGACCGCUACGAGAACAAGAAAGAUCGUUUCCCAAAUUAUUUGCACCACAUCCCGCCAGAAGAGGAUCCAUUGGCUACCCGGACUCUUUUCGCCGGUAAUCUGGAGAUCAACAUAACAGAGGAAGAGCUGCGUCGCAUCUUUGGCAAUUACGGCAUCGUCGAGGAUGUUGACAUCAAGAGACCGCCUCCAGGCACUGGCAACGCUUACGCCUUUGUUCGUUUCGAGAAUUUGGACCAGGCCAAUCGGUGUAAAGUCGAGCUUUCUGGCCAGUACAUUGGCAAAUUUCAAGUCAAGAUCGGUUACGGUAAAGCCACGCCCACUACACGCAUCUGGGUCGGAGGUUUGGGCUCGUGGACGUCGCUGGCACAAUUGGAGCGUGAAUUUGACCGUUUCGGCGCCAUUAAGAAGAUCGAAUACAACAAAGGAGACACGUCGGCUUACAUUUUGUACGAGACGAUUGAGGCAGCUCAAGCAGCCGUUCAAGACAUGCGAGGCUUUUGUCUGGGCGGCCCGGAUCGGAAACUGAAAACUGACUUUGUUGACACCAACCCCCCGACAGCUCAUCCGCCAACUGCCAAGACCAAAGGGUCGUCUUCUUCCUACGAUGCUGCCACCGCUAGAAGUGGAGCUGGCGACGAUUAUGCCGGCGAAACCAACUGGAACAAUGGAGAUGAUCCCAAUUAUCGUGCGGGAUCGGGACGGACGGGUCGAGGAAACCGAAGUGGCUACGAGAAGAGGCCGAGCGGAUAUCGAGGAUCGGGAGCCGAUGGUGACGAUUGGUCGGCAAACAGCAGCCGACGUCCUCCACCGGAUGAUUUUGACGCUGCCCGAGGAGGUUCCCGAUCGCCGUCGAAUGAAAGGCGAACCGACGACGGUGGAAGAUUCACUGGAUACCGUACGCUGGCGGAAGUGGCUCGACGCUCUCCCAGCAAUUGGACGGGCGCUUUGGUACUCAAGAAUUCUUUUUUCCCCACGAAAUUACACGCGACAUCUGGCGAAGCGGCGAUCGCCGAUCUUUUGCUUCACGACGAGAAGAACCAGCCUCAUUUGCGAAUUACUCAGCGAUUGAGGUUGGAUCCGCCCAAAUUGGAAGACGUUUCCCGUCGAGUUUCAGCUUCUGCGUCUCACGCCAUCUUCCUCGGCCUGCCCGGAUCGACAGGCGGAGCUUCCAGUCCCACUUCCGACGAGGCUGCAGGUGUCCAGAAUCGUCCGCUUCGCAAUCUCGUGACUUAUCUCAAGCAGAAAGAAGCGGCUGGUGUCAUCUCGCUGGCCAAUAAGAAUGCAGAUGUGACUGGCGUCCUUUACGCCUUCCCUCCUUGCCCGUUCGCUGCCGACCUACUCCGACGAGCAGCUCCGUCUCUGUCUGACGAGACUCUAAAGGAUGAUCACUUGGUGAUAGUUGUAGUUAAAGGAGGAACUGCUUGAACACAAAUCAAUCGACAACUGAUUUACUACCAUCUCUCAGACAAAGCCCGCGCACACCUUUAAUCUUCUACCAACCGCUACCAAGAUUUUUCACCAGCAUACGAACGACAUCUGGGUUUGGCCGUUUUGUUAUCCCUACAAACAAAACCAUAAAAUAAAACUUUACCAUUUUCUUGACCAUUAGAUGAGCUCUGUCAAUCCUGACCUUUCUUUACUUUUUUUCUUGCUUUAACGUUUUCUUUUCAGGUUCCCGAAGCAUCAGUUAAAUAAGACCAAUGUUUGCAUCGGUGAUUGUGUGUGUGUGUGUGUGUGAAUGUGUUGUGUGUUUGUGUCGUGCUUAGGUUUUUGCCUAAUACUACUAAACUAACCAGUUUGUUCAUUCAGUGAGACGAGGGGAAGAAAAGAAAAGGGAGCCGGGAAUGGGGUUUAUAUCACGGUGAUUUGAGGUGCGCGCGUGAGUGGCAAGUGUGUCUCCUCGCUCAGUGUUCCCCUAUACAACCCCAUCUGUGUGUUGUGUGUUUCUCUCUGUCUCUAUUACGGCAAAAAAAAAGUGAUGGCGAGCCAGUUUUUCAGUUUUGGUUGAUUUCAAGUGCUGGUUCUCUAAGUUUAGGCAAUUUACAAGUUAACACACAAAAUAUCACCCUCUCUCUUUCUCAUUCUCUCUGUGCCAGAUCUUCGAUAACAAAUUAUGGGAAAAGGGGGGUCUGUCGAUGGGGGGGUCCAGCAGCUUUCGAUGUGACAAAAGUGACAACAAGUGAAACGUGCGUGUUUCUCUCGGUGAAUCUUGAGGUUGCAAAAAAGUGUGAGGGGUGUUUAAUAGUGGUUUAAGUGCCGCAGAAAUGUGUGAUGUGUAGUUAAGUUCCCUUAUCACUUCUCUUUUUGUUGAGUUUAUUUUUUUUAAGUGGCAUGAGCGGGAAAGAAAAUCAAGUGUUGUGCUUGUGAGUUUAUAAGAGAUUAGUGAUGUGUGUGAUUGUGAGCAGAAGUGAGGUUUUUCCAGCAGGUUUUUCACUCGACUUUCCCUCAACCGUGACAAGGCGUUUUUUGUCAUCUUCUCCCAGGAUUAACUCUUAAAAAACACGCAAUCCUUUCAAAAAUAUUCGUUGAUCCGUACAUUUUUUUUUCUUUCGCUUUUUUCUCAUUUAUGUAACCAUCUGAUGAAA